AUGAUAGAAGAGAAAUUAGAUUCAGUAGAAACACUUGAUCCAAUAGCAGGUGAUAAAUCAUCUGAUGAUUAUCAGAAAACAGAACUAGACAAUGUAACUACAAAACAGGAGAAAACCGUAACACCUACUUUUAGAAGAUGGGCUAGUUUAUUUACACUGCUUAGAAGAGACAGAUAA